AUGAUUGCAAACGCCAUUGUUCUCACUGUAUUCUUCCGCCAGGGGUUUAAAGAUGGCGUGAAUAUAUCGCUAACAUCUAUGGUCAUGUGGGAUUUACUCAAAUGUGUGUGUAUCAUUAUCAACAGAAUGGAAAGACCGAUAAGUUUAAUAUCCCCAUCGUUCUCCGAAUCCUGGUUCAGCGUUACAGUCAUCUACACGGAGUUCUUCUUCAUCAUAUCCUGUCACGUGACAUACGUUCUGGCGUCCUAUGUGUCGGUGGAAAGAUGUCUCUACGUGAGCAUUCCUUUCAAAGUCAGGUCAAUCUUCACGCCCACCUUCACCCUGGAAGUCGUGUCAGUCAUUUCUGGCCUGGUCUUUGGAUCUCACUUGGUCGUACUAUUUCUCUUUAGAGUUGUGUACGUGACCAGUUUAAAGUACAACGUGACCUUGACCGAUACAACUUACACUGUUUUUUAUGAGCUGCACGGAAAGACAGUGAUGACUUUCUACAACACCUUAGGCACGACUCUGCCACUAGUUAGCUUCGUGGUGCUGUGUUUGGCAUCUCUAAUCACCAUGUACCAACUCAAGCAGGCCUCUUCAAAAAUAACACGCCAUACUGGCAACCCCGUUAACGCAGCAUCCAAAAAUCACGAGGCUAAACAUCCAACUUCACUACAAGUCAGGUCACACAACUACAGCAAUGGAAUGUCACAAAAGGAGAAGAAAGUCAACAAGAUGUUACUGGUAGUUAUGUUCGUUUACAUCGCUAUUCUAUUCCCCCGCCUUCUUUACUACAUGGCUUCUCUUAUACAACCAGAGUACGGUUUGUUUAAGAAGUACCACACCCUUUUUACCAUGUCCUCCAAGGUCUUGUUUGUGUUUGAUGUUGUCAACGCCGCCACCAACAUCUUUAUAUUCUUCAAAAUGAGCUCCAAUUUCCGAGCUGGCAUGUCCCAGAAUUUCAGCUGUGCCAGGUGUAUGCACAGAGAGAUCUAG